CGAGGAAAUUGCAAAAUAAAUAUUUUAUCGAGUUCAUUUGCUUACCGACCUUUUCGAGAGGAUUUAAAAAAGACAUGAGCGGAAUAUUUGAUGAGGACUCUGCCGAUCCCCUGACACAGCUGCGUGUGGACUGUUUGGAAAACAGUACCCAAGUGCGGCAGAUGUACGAGGCGUUCCAGGAAUGCGAGGAGAGGGUCACGUCGAAGUCGUAUACCGCGGAAACCUGCGAGCAGGAGGUGGUGGAUCUGAUGCAGGCGUUGGAUAAGUGUGUGGGCAAGAGGCUGUUCCAGCAGCUGGUGUAAUAAACUGAUUUAGGGUUA